UUGUUGACUGUCAAAGUUUCGAUUUUUCUCUUUUACAGUGAGCUUAAGUCUAUUCGAUCUCACUGAAAGCUAACACUAUGGUUCAUCCGGCUAAAAAAUUCAUCAACAACCCAAAUGAUGUUGUAACCGAGUUCAUCGAGGGUCUUGUCGAAACUUAUCCUGGACUUCAGUAUUUGGAUGGUCUUCCCGAGGUCAAGGUUGUAUUACGGGCUGAUGUCUCGGCUGCAAAUUAUGACAAGGUUGCUGUUAUAUCAGGAGGGGGAAGUGGGCAUGAGCCAGCACAAGCUGGGUAUGUUGGAGAAGGAAUGCUCACAGCUGCUAUUUGUGGAGAUGUUUUUACUUCGCCACCGGUUGAUUCAAUCCUAGCUGGGAUUCGAGCUGUAACUGGUCCAAAAGGAUGCCUCUUGGUUGUCACGAAUUAUACUGGUGACCGCUUGAACUUUGGCCUAGCAGCUGAGCAAGCAAAAACUGAGGGUUUCCAAAUUGAGACUGUGAUUGUUGGAGACGAUUGUGCUUUACCCCCGCCGCGUGGCAUAGCUGGAAGGAGAGGUUUAGCGGGAACAAUUCUUGUCCAUAAGGUUGCUGGAGCAGCAGCUGCUGCUGGUCUAUCUCUAGCAGAAGUUGCAGCGGAAGCAAAACAUGCAUCUGAGAUGGUUGGGACCAUGGGUGUUGCACUAUCUGCUUGUGCACUGCCAGGCCAGGUUACAUCAGAUCGUUUGGGUCCAGAAAAAAUGGAACUUGGGCUUGGAGUUCAUGGGGAGCCUGGUGCUGCUGUGGUUGACAUUCAACCUGUGGAAGUUGUAGUUUCCCAUGUACUUCAACAGAUACUGAGUCCAGAGACUAACUAUGUUCCAAUUACACGUGGUAACAGUGUGGUUCUGAUGGUUAAUGGCUUAGGUGGUACUCCUCUAAUGGAACUUUUGAUUGCUGCCGGAAAAGCAGUCCCAAAAUUACAGUUGGAAUUUGGGCUUGCUGUUGAUAGGGUGUAUACUGGAUCAUUUAUGACGUCUCUUGAUAUGGCAGGGUUCUCGAUAUCAAUCAUGAAGGCGGACCAGUCAAUUUUAGAGCGUCUGGAUGCUCCGACCAAGGCUCCUAGUUGGCCAGUUGGCACAGCCGGGAACCGUCCACCAGCAAAGAUCCCCGUUCCACUGCCCUCCCAAGCAACGAAAAGCGAAGAGUCUCUAAGCCGACCUCAAGCGCUUAGUCAACAAGGGAAAAUUCUUGAGGCAGCUAUUGAAGCAGCAGCAACUGUAGUCAUCAAUCUGAAGGAUAGUUUGAACGAAUGGGAUGGAAAAGUAGGUGAUGGGGACUGUGGAUCAACAAUGUGCAGAGGCGCAACAGCUAUUCUGGAGGACAUGAAGAAUUAUUACCCACUCAAUGAUGCUGCUGAAACAGUGAGUGAGAUUGGUUCGUCGAUCAGAAGAGUCAUGGGGGGAACUAGUGGAAUAAUUUACAAUCUCCUCUGCAAGGCAGCAUAUGCGGAGUUAAAAGCUAACGGUCAGCCAGAAACCACUCCCAAACACUGGUCUGAAGCACUCAAGUCAUCAAUCUCUGCUGUCAGUAAAUAUGGUGGAGCAACUGCCGGUUAUAGAACGAUGUUAGAUGCACUCAUCCCAGCUUCAAAAAUCCUUGAGGAGAAGCUGAGUGCUGGGGAGGACCCUAUAACUGCUUUUAUUCUGUCUGCUGAAGCUGCAACCGCAGGAGCUGAAUCUACCAUUCAUAUGCAAGCACAGGCUGGAAGAUCAAGUUAUGUAUCAGCUGAGAUUCUUGCAUCAAUUCCUGAUCCAGGCGCAAUGGCUGUAGCGGCAUGGUACAGCGCCGCUGCAAGAGCCGUGAAGGAGAAGAGCCAGGGGUUGGGAUCGGAUGGACUACUCUGUUAGAGGUUUCAUCGCAUCUAAUGUUUCUGAGUGCUGACUCUGUUUAUAUUCAAAUUACUAAUGGAUUCUUGUGAAGUGUUUCCCCUGUAUAUAUACAACUGAAGGAUUCUUGUGAAUUACUAAGAUUUGUUGUCAUCUAUAUUAAAUUUUAGUAAGAUUAAAACCAGAA